AAGCUAAGGUGCUCCACAUGACAGAAACGUUGGAGGAAAUGGAAAUGUUCCAAAGUAAGAGGCCCAGAAAAACAAUGAACCUCAAUGAAACGAAAGGGAAGAAGAGGACGAAAGGGAAGGCUGCACCUUCAACAAAGCAGCUUCGCCUCGAUACGCAAGGUGCGAUUGAGGCAGCCCUGGCUGCCCAUAUUGAGCAGGAGAGCCCGUCCAGCUGUAUGUGUUGCAGCGAUGGCUGCGAUAUACGGGCUGAGCUCGAAAAAGCAGAAGCAGAAAAUGCUGACCUCAAAAAGGAGCUGCAUGAACAGAACGAAAGCUUCCUCAAGAAAAUUGAGAAGUUGAAGGCCAAAUUAACUGAAGCUCGGCAGCUUAAUUCGGUGCUUCAAAAUGCAGUUGCGUCCAAGAAUUUUGAGAGUGGUGAGUGACGUUUACAUGUUCUUAUGAUUGUUAUUUACUUAUAAAAUUCCAGCAGCACCCAUCUAACAAUGAAUGUCAGCGUUAAUGCCAAUAGCAAUGAAGCAGUACAGUGACACGCUUUAUUGCCACCGCUGAAAUGCCUGAUGUUUGAGGCAUGUAUACAGCUUGGCUCCUUUUUUGUGCUUUCCAUCUUGCAGUGCCAACAUGAAGUCCGCACGUGGUGCUUGUGUGAAUUCAGACAAAAUUGUUGAAUAUAUUUGUCGCGAGUUUGAUUCUGCCGAACACCAGAUAAGUUUUAAGUAAUUCUUUUUGGCAUUGGAAAAAGGCACAAACCCAGUGAUCGAAGUUGUUGUCAAAGAGGUUCAUUAAAGUUUAGC